UCAGAGCAUCAGAGCACAGCCCAAGUCCGGAGCUAGCCACGUGAUCUCAAAUUUCAGGCUUGGCGGCCGACUCGUGCUGGAGCUCCAACAGCCUCAGCAGUAUCGAGGAGCGAUCGAUACUGACGACCAGGCAUCAACCAAAUUAGCCAUUCCCCGACCAUUACCUUCAAUCCCCGGAUUUAUUUUGGAGCAGGUUGCCUGUCUCCCCUAAAUCCGCCAAGAUGAAGCUGGUUAGAUUCCUCAUGAAAUGCGCCAAUGAGACGGUCACGAUCGAGCUCAAGAACGGCACCAUCGUGCACGGGACCAUCGCGUCCGUAUCGCCGCAGAUGAACACGGCGCUGCGCAACGUCAAGAUGACGCCGCGCGGGCAGGACCCCAUCCCGCUCGAGACGCUCAACGUGCGCGGCAGCACCAUCCGCUACUUCAUCCUGCCCGACUCGCUGCCGCUGGACACGCUGCUCAUUGACGACGCGCCCAAGCCCAAGAACAAGGCGCGCAAGGAGGCGGAGCGCGGCCGCGGCCGCGGAAGGGGGCGCGGGAUGGGCAGGGGGAGAGGCAGGGGCCGCGGGAGGGGUUAGGAGGAUCGGUUGUCUUAGAAUCGACGGCUGGGACUGGGGACGGAGGACUGUUUGCCGCGGAGCAUGAAGAGAAAAGAGAAGCAAAGAAUAUCAAGAGACAAAGUCGGGGAUCGGGGACUGGCGUCUGGUUGCGGCAUUGGGUCGGGUCCCUUUCUCUUAUCAUCGACUGGACUUGUGUGCCUUGGGAAUGCAGUAUUGGUUGCGGGAAGGAAUCAUGGCAUAACGGCCAGAACAGACGGAGACUUUUACACGACCAUAGAAGGGCCGGCAAUCCGGCCAUGGCCCUGACUCAGAGAGACGAGGAAGAGGGGGCUAGCCAUCCCACGCCGGUGCGGGCUCGGUGAGGAUGGAGCUAUACCUUUUUGUCUUUGUUGAUCACCUCGGGGUACGGGUACAGCACUCAGUCAGUAUGGCGUUCUUAGGACGGACGAAAAUGCCAGGGAGAUUUUUUUUUGCUUGCUUAUGGCAAAUGGCGGAGCACGUAGCAGAGUCGUGGGCCAUCUUGCCCUCCUCCGCCCCGCGCGCC